ACGUCCUACGUCAACCUAAUGUGUAUUUGUUUUCGUAAAGAUUUGAAUACUAAUAAGAAAUAAUUCCUAUUAAAGAUUGUUUUUAUAAUGUCGAAAAUAGCAAAUGUUGUUGAUGGUGAAGCUUCCGAAUCAGAUUCUGAAGUUGAAAUUGAAAUAGGUCGAUCUCCUGAUAUAUUACCGACGACCAAAGGUUUUGUAAUAUCUGGCGAAGCACCUGAAUCUGAUGAUGAAUCAAAGCUUCCUUCACCAUCCGCUAGAAUUGAGGUUGACUCACCACUACAUAUAUCUAUGUAUCCUCCAAAGUCACCGACUAAGAUAAUGUACAAAUCUUUACUUCACCAAAAGUUAUGGGAGAGUAAUGUAUCAUUUCGGGCAUCCCUUGAAGGCCUAGUUGGACAGACAACCGAGUUAGCAGUUGAUAAACUUACCAAAGCAGACAAAACAUUACUUAAUGUCCAGGAGAGCAUGAGGGCAACAAACGCAUCUCUAACAUUAGCUAAAGCAAGAUUAAAGCAAAUACAAGCAGAGUUGGACAAAGUUAACUGCAGUAGUGCACUUCCUAAUGUUAAAGCGAAAUAGUGCCUUACUUAUCAAAGAUAUAUUUUUUAUACAUUCCCAAAUAUAUAUAUAUAUAUUUAAUAUUUUGUGAAAGUGCCUUUUGAGCAAGAAUUUUUAUAUAAAACAUAUAAUGUAAGAUAGAUAAGAAUGUCUGGUUGUAACUGGCUCAGCAUUUUGCUGCUGGAACGGAAUCAUUCUGCCAGAGACAACAACAGUUAGUAAAAAAUUAACAGUAUAAGGGCCUGUUUCACAAUGUCCGGAUAAGUUCCAAAUAAGCUAUUUGU